AUGAAUGAUUCCCAAAUCUGUGAGGCUGGGUCCUCGCGAAUGAGAAUUUCUUGGCGUCUCUACCUCGUUGUUGAUUUCGUUUUUUCGUUGGGUUUUAUUUGUCUGUCGAUUUUGGUCGCUCGUUUGAUUGUCUUUCUUUCUGUCUUUCCUUCUUGCUUAUUCCGGAUUUGUAUGUCACUUUCUUUCUGCUUGUUCAUUCUAUAUCUUUAUGUCUCUCUUUUUUCUUUUUUUUUCUUUUCUUUUUGUCUUUCUGUUCUUUUUUUUUUUUGUCUUUCUUUCUUUCCGUUUUUUGUCUUUUUCUUUUUUUCCGUUGUUUGUCUUUCUUUUCUUUUUUUCUUUCUUUUUUCUUUUGUUUUUUCCUUCUUUUUCUUUUUCUUUCUUUCUUUCUUUCUUUUCUUUCUUUUUUUUAUAUCCUCAAUCGCCGGCCUUCUUUCUAUCUUUUUCUUUCUUUCUUUUCUUUUCUUUCUUUCUUUCUUUCUUUUCUUUUUUUUUUUAUAUUUUUAUAUCCUCAAUCGCUUUUCUUCCUUUCUUUCUUUCUUUCUUUUUUCUUUCUUUUGUUUUAUAUCUUUCGCUGACCUUUCUUUCUUUUUUUUUUUCCUCAUAUCCUCAAUCGCCGGCCUUCUUUCUUUUCUUUCUUUUUUUCUUUUCUUUCUUUCUUUUUUUUAUAUCUUUCUUUCUUUCUGUUUUUAUAUCCUCAAUCGCCGGCCUUCUUUCUUUCUUUCUUUCUUUCUUUCUUUCUUUCUUUCUUUCUUUCUUUCUUCAGUUCAUUCUGUAUUUUAUGUCCUUUUCUUUUUCUUUCUUUCUUUCUUUCUUUCUUUCUUUCUUUCUUUCGUUUUCCAUUGA